CGUGCUCUCACGACUGGCGAUCUGGCUGUCGGUGUGGAGGGCCUCUCGCAGGCUAUCGGCCAACGCCAAACAUCCGGACUGCUAACUUCCCACACCGCGGCAGGUAAUUCGCCCAUUCAAGUCUCAACGGCUGUCGGCUCUGAAGAGGAGGUGCCUGAUUAUGCUCUCCAGCUGCAGGUAGAUCGAGAUUGA